GAGAGUGUAGAGUAGACUAGCAUCCUCCACCAUCCCGGGUCCGACAGUCCGUAUCAGCUUCCCCCUGAUUCUCUCCCUCUCUCUCUCCAUUUAAACCUCUCAUCUUCUUCUUUACCUUCUUCUCCUCUCCUGUGUGAGAGAGACUGUUUGAGAAGAAGGUUGAAAGAAAGACUUCUUUGAUAGACCCGAGACCUCUUUCUUCUUUGUUUGCUUUUUGCUUUCUCUUCUUUUCCUAUGCGUGUUUGUGGUCACAACCCCAACUAAAAAUAAUAAUAAUAACGCUCUCUCCCUUCUCCUUAGCUAAACCUUCCACGGUGGUGGUAACUAAGAAGACCACCAUGUUGAACUUGAAUCAACUCCAUCUCCUCUACUUGUUCUGCUUCCUCUGUUUCUCAACUCCUACGCUCUCUUCCGAGCCUAGAAACCCCGAAGUGGAGGCGUUAAUAAAUAUAAAGAACGGUUUGCAUGAUCCUCGUGGAGCUUUGAACAACUGGGACGAGUUUUCAGUUGAUCCUUGUAGCUGGGCUAUGAUCACUUGCUCCUCCGACAACCUCGUCAUUGGCCUAGGAGCUCCAAGCCAAUCUCUCUCGGGAACUCUAUCUGAGUCAAUCGGAAACCUCACUAAUCUCGGACAAGUGUCAUUGCAGAACAACAACAUCUCCGGGAAAAUCCCACCGGAGCUCGGUUUACUUCCGAAGUUACAAACUUUGGAUCUCUCCAACAACAGAUUCUCCGGCGAAAUACCCCUUUCCGUCCAGCAGCUAAGCACCCUUCAAUAUCUGAGAUUGAACAACAACUCAUUGUCUGGGCCCUUCCCUGCCUCUUUGUCUCAAAUCCCUCAUCUCACCUUCUUGGACUUGUCUUACAACAACCUCAGUGGCCCUGUUCCUAAGUUCCCAGCCAGGACAUUCAAUGUUGCUGGGAACCCUUUGAUAUGUAGAAGCAGCCCACCUGAGAUUUGUUCUGGUUCAAUCACUCCAAGUCCUCUUUCUGUUUCUUUGAGCUCCUCAUCAGGAGGCAGGUCUAAUAGAUUGGCUAUAGCUCUCGGUGUAAGCCUUGGCUUUGUUGUUUUAUUUACCCUUGCUCUCAGCUUCUUCUGUUGGUACCGAAAGAAACAAAGAAGGCUACUGAUCCUUAACUUAAACGACAAGCAAGAGGAAGGGAUACAGGGACUUGGGAAUCUAAGAAGCUUCACGUUCAGAGAACUUCAUGUAGCUACAGAUGGUUUCAGUUCCAAGAACAUUCUCGGCGCUGGAGGGUUCGGUAAUGUCUACAGAGGAAAGCUAGGAGACGGGACUAUGGUUGCAGUGAAACGGUUAAAAGAUGUUAAUGGAACUACAGGAGAUUCACAGUUUCGAACCGAGCUAGAGAUGAUCAGCUUAGCUGUUCAUAGGAACCUGCUUCGGUUAAUCGGUUAUUGCAAAACAUCUAGUGAAAGGCUUCUUGUUUACCCUUACAUGCCCAAUGGCAGCGUCGCCUUGAAGCUUAAAUCUAAACCGGCUUUGGAUUGGAACAUGAGGAAGAGGAUUGCGAUUGGAGCAGCGAGAGGUUUGUUGUAUCUACAUGAGCAGUGUGAUCCAAAGAUCAUUCACAGAGAUGUCAAAGCGGCUAAUGUACUCUUGGACGAGUGCUUUGAAGCAGUUGUUGGUGACUUUGGGCUUGCCAAGCUUCUCAACCACGAGGAUUCUCAUGUCACCACCGCGGUCCGUGGCACGGUUGGCCACAUUGCGCCUGAGUAUCUCUCCACUGGCCAGUCGUCUGAGAAAACCGAUGUGUUUGGGUUUGGUAUACUCUUGCUUGAGCUCAUAACCGGAUUGAGAGCUCUUGAGUUUGGUAAAACCGCUAGCCAGAAAGGAGCUAUGCUUGAAUGGGCGAGGAAGUUGCAUGAGGAGAUGAAAGUAGAGGAGUUAGUGGACAGAGAGCUUGGGACAAACUAUGAUAAGAUUGAGGUUGGAGAGAUGUUACAAGUGGCUUUGCUAUGCACACAGUAUCUUCCAGCACAUCGUCCCAAAAUGUCUGAAGUGGUUCUGAUGCUGGAAGGAGACGGUUUAGCCGAGAGAUGGGCUGCGUCGCAUAACCAUUCACAUUUCUACCAUGCCAACAUCUCUUUCAAGACAAAUUCAUCUCUGUCUACUACUUCACAUUGCAAUGAUCCAACUUAUCAAAUGUUUGGCUCUUCGGCUUUCGAUGAUGAUGAUGAUCAACAGCCUCUAGAUUUGUUAGCCAUGGAGCUAUCUGGUCCAAGAUAACCACACAGAAAGAAAGUAAACAAACCCUAAGGAAGAAGAAGCUCUACAGUUUUUUAUAAUAUAGACAUGUAUAUGUUGGUGAAUGAUGCUAAAAUUUUCUCUAUAGUUUGAGAUUCUGUGUUGGUUAUGUUGAUGUGUAUAUACACUUUUUUGGUAUGUAUUUUGUUGUUGUUAUGGUGGCAAAGCCAUAAACUAUAUGAGAGUGAUGUUGUUUGAUCUCUA